CGUAUUGAAUUCGAAUUUGUGUACAAGAUUUAAUUUUACGUGAAAUACAUUUCUUUACGUUUCUGUUUUCUGCUUCUGACGUAAUUGAAUUUCCUUGUUUGCAUUUUAAUGGAAUCGAACCACUUAAUAGCUGGCCUCUGAGAUGUAUAUUCCGAUCGUACAAUCCAUGUUACAUUGUUUAAGAUUUCUCAAAACCUAGGAACGAUUCCCUUAAGCUAGAGGCAAUUUGUUUAUUUUUCUGAACCUUAAAUUUAGUAUUUCCAAUUCCCCAUGUGUAAAACCUCAAGAUUGUAAGUCAUGGAUAUCUUGUUUUCCCAUAAUCAUCCAGAUUGACAUUGGGAUCACUAUCAAAAGUGUGUUAUAAUUUCUCUUUCAUUCUUUGUGUUUGUGUAAAUUGCUAGCAGAACUUCACAAUAAGACGCUUAUCGGGAAAAUGUGACAUUAACAGCUCGUAGCAGACAAUAUGGGUUUAUCUAUUGGCAAGAUUUUUUCUCGUUUAUGCGCCAAGAAGGAGAUGCGAAUUCUUAUGGUUGGUCUUGAUGCUGCUGGUAAAACCACAAUAUUGUAUAAACUGAAGUUAGGGGAGAUUGUCACCACCAUUCCUACUAUCGGAUUUAACGUGGAGACUGUGGAGUAUAAGAACAUCAGCUUCACUGUUUGGGAUGUUGGUGGUCAGGAUAAGAUUCGACCCUUGUGGAGACACUACUUCCAAAACACACAAGGGCUUAUUUUUGUGGUAGACAGCAAUGAUCGUGAUCGUGUUGGUGAGGCUAAAGAUGAGUUGCAUAGGAUGCUGAAUGAGGAUGAAUUAAGAGAUGCUGUGUUGCUUGUUUUUGCCAACAAGCAAGAUCUUCCUAAUGCAAUGAACGCUGCUGAAAUCACUGAUAGGCUUGGUCUAAACUCUCUGCGCCAGCGUCACUGGUACAUCCAAAGUACAUGUGCCACAUCUGGUGAAGGUUUAUAUGAAGGACUAGACUGGCUUUCGAACAACAUUUCAAGCAAGCCUUCCUUUAAAUAGUAAAAUUGUUUUCGUCUACAGCAAGGUUAUUAGAGAUGCUUAGUGGCAAUUGUUGGCAUCAAUGCUGUUGUAGUUUUAUGAUUAUUACACCUUUUCUAUUGUUUUGAAAAAUACUCUGUUGUCCUCUCUGAUCUUCUUUUAAUUCCAAUAAAUGUUAUUCAUCUAUGA